AUGGUCUCCGGGGGGCCGCAUAGACCCGGGGCGGAGCGAGACACGGGCGGGGGCCGCAGGGCCGCGCUCUGUCCGCCGCUCGCCCCUCACUCCAUCCCGGCCCGCGCCGCGGCGCCCCGGCCGAGUCACGGCGCGGGGGCUGCCGGGAGCUGUAGUGCGGCGGGGCUCGGGGCGGGCGCGCCGGGGGUCGGCAAUGGCAAUGCGGAGUGGCCCCGCUCCCCUCAGGGAGAUGUAGGCGGGAACCCCGCGGCGGGACGGGCCCCGCUCCCCUCAGGGAGAGCCAGGCGGGAACCCCGCGGCGGGACGGGCCCCGCUCCCCUCAGGGAGAUCCAGGCGGGAACCCCGCGGUGGGACGGGCCCCGCUCCCCUCAGGGAGAUCCAGGCGGGAACCCCGCGGCGGGACUGGCCCCGCUCCUCUCAGGGAGAGCCAGGCGGGAACCCCGCGGCGGAACGGGCCCCGCUCCCCUCAGGGAGAGCCAGGCGGGACCGGCCGCGCUCCUCUCAGGCCUCCUCAGCUGCCCGCCGCCUUUAGCAGCUGAAGAGCGGCCUGGAGUGACACCGAACAGCAGGGCCAAGCUGGGGCUGACGGGGUCAAACCGCGUCACCAGCUUGAUCCCGAGCCCUGAAUACCCACUGAUAUCCAGGCCAGAUGAUGAGCAGGACUGCCCAUCUCGGAAAGCGCCGUGCAGAGGGAAGCCGUCCCCAUGCGCACAGGCCGGAGUCUCAGGCAGGAACAGGCCUCCAAAGUGCAAAUCAUUGUGGACACCAAGUGCUUCGCUGGAGAACCUAGUCAGCUUCAGAUGGGAGAGAGUAUAUCCCAUCCUUUCAUAUCCCAUUUGCUCCCCAGAGAGCCUGGGUAGGAAAAAAUCAUACCACCCUCAUUCAAGUAAAAAAUUAAAACGUGUUAAACACUAUGCAAAAAGUCCUGGAAGAUUUAUUCACAGUUACAGUAAGUCAAAGACGUGUUUGGGGAGAUGAGGAGGAGUG